GGCCGCCGACGGACGUGAACCGCCGCCUUGAGCACACGACAUUCAUAUAAAAAUAUAUAGAUAUAACGCAUAUUGUGCAUAUUGCGCAAGCCGCACGCGACUAUAUAGAUGCAAGUGUAGUGGUUAAUGAUACGCAGCACGACAACUACAACGUGAACUACAGAUGUGUGUAUAAAUCAAUGUCCGCUCUAAGCAGGCGGCUGCAGUGUCAAUAGCAAAAAUUAAACAAACCUCAAGAGUAAUAUACACGAGCUGAGCAACAACAGCGUUUGUGGGAGCAACUUUUGUUUUUGUUAUUAAUUUCCUCACCAUUUUUGGCGCGCCUUUCGCGAGUCGCGCGCGACAAGUCCGACAAACAAACCGAAAACCGAAAACCUGCCAAUCAUAAAAGACAAAUUUAAUCAAUUACUCGCGUCGACACAACGAAGAGAUAAUUCUAUUUCUGCCUGACCCAGUGCAUUCGGAUCAAGAAUUCAAACUCAAAAAAAAUAAGGAAAAAUUAAUCAUUGUUUUGCAGCAAACCCACUACACCACAAAAGGCAAUCAACAGUGUAAUCCAAUGUUUGAGGACGCUUUUGGCGAUAUAGAGGAAAUUAUCAAUGCCGGCUUGGGUGAGAAUGGUGGCGCCACCGGAGAAGGCAGUGUGGCAGGAGCAUUUGGCAGAGGCGCUGCUUCACAUAACAUGAUAUCGCCGUCGAUUUCCCUGCCGGUAAUGCCCGUAAUGCCGCAAAUGUUGCACACUCCACGAAACCUGCUCGAACCGAGAGAAGGUGAUCCCCAACUGCGCAUCGUGGUGCAGCCGUCGAGCAACACAAUUCGUUUUCGCUACAAAUGCGAGGGUCGCACCGCCGGCUCGAUUCCGGGCAGAAACAACAAUCAGAAUGGCAAGACCUAUCCCACCGUCGAAGUGCUCAACUACCACGGAAAGGUCAUCAUCAUAGUAUCCUGUGUGACGAGCGACGAGCCCUAUCGCCAACAUCCCCACUGGCUGGUCAGCAAGGAGGAGGCGGAUGCCUGCAAGUCGGGCGUCUACCAAAAGAAGUUGCAGCCAGAGGAGCGGCGGCUGGUGCUCCAAAAAGUGGGCAUACAGUGCGUCAAGAAGUCGGAGAUGGUCGAGUCGCUGGCGGAGAGGCAGAGGAGGAAAAUCGAUCCCUUUGAUGCUAAAUUCGAUCACAUGAAAUAUACCGAAAAGAUCAAUCGGUAUGAGCUGCGCCUCUGCUUCCAGGCCUUCAUCACAGUGGAUGACAAGAAAGUGCCCCUCAAGCCCAUCGUAUCCUCCCCCAUUUACGGCAAGAACCUCGAUAUGACCAUCACCCGGCUGUGCAGUUGCUCGGCCACUGUGAACGGCGGAGACGAAAUCAUCAUGCUGUGCGAUAACAUUAUCAAGGACGACGUCGAGGUGCGUUUCUAUGAGACGGACGAGGAAGGGCGGGAGACGUGGUCCGCCAACGCCGAGUUCAAGCCCACGGACGUGUUCAGGCAGAUGGCCAUAGCUUUCAAGACGCCGCGCUACAGGAACACCGAGAUCACGAAGAGUGUUUUUGUGUAUCUCAAGCUAGUGAAACCCUCGGACGGAGCGACGAGUCCCCCACGGGAGUUCGAAUACUUCCCGAAUCCAGGUACAGUAACCUUUGCCCGGCUGCAGCGAAAGCUGAAGCGCCGCCAGGAGCUGGAUGUCUUCCAGCAGAUCCUUUCCCUCGACAGCGAAACCACGGCCACGAAGUACUCAUGCCCACCGAUGGAUCUGGAGGAGGAUAAUAACACGGUUUCAUCCGACGACCAACAGAGUUCGGGAACUCUCAACGAAUUCGAGAUAGCCGUCAAGAAGAUGCAGAUGCGUCAGAGGGGUGAAUCGCACGAAAUGGAUGGCGGCACUGUCACCGAGUUCACGGAUAACGAUAACGAACCGGACAUGGAAAUAGAGCUGGAAGUGCCGCAAUUGUUGCCCCAACUGGCCGACGACUGCACCCAGACAUCCACGCCCAUGGAGGAGAUUCUGCAGCAUCCGCAGCUGCAAUCGCGACCUCUGUCCAAUGUGGAAACAAUCACCGAGUGGAUGAAGAGCAGCGAGUUCGAGAGAACGGAUAGCCUGACGGUGGAGAACGGCGACACGCAAUCCCUGUCGAAUAGCACGGCCCAAACAGCUUUCACCAAUGUCAGCAGCUUGACUGCCAAUACGACCAUAACGAACCAACUGGACGAGGAAGCCCACGCUCUUUUGGCCAAUGGUUCCCGCAGGGACACCCUCGAGAAUCCCGCCGUGAAAGAGCUGCCCGAAAAUGAAAAGGAACCGGAAAUGGUCUCGGCCAGUGCCCAGGCCUCUAUGGAUUUGGAUGAAAACUUCGACGAGACAGCCACAUAUACGAGUCUGCAAAUCGCCUUCAAUAAUCCCAUAGACAUAGGAUUGCCCAAAGAAAGCAAGCCGGCAGCCCCGACUUAUCCACCCACCAAUCCGUUUGGUCAGCUAGAUGAUGCCGAAUUGGUGGUCCUGACAAACCCACCAGCUCCCAGGAUAAAAGUGAACGCUGCUCAGACACCAGCCACGCCCCCCUCUUCUCCGCCCCUGCCAUUGCCACCCAGAACUCCCUCCCCAGUUUGCGAUCACAGACUACCCCCCUUGCCGCCGAAACCGCAGAGAAACUCCCAGGAUCUGAGUGCUGUCAGCGAUUCCAUAUCAGUAAGCCGGUCGCGAAACGGCAGCCUAAGCUCCAAUAGAACUACACCCUCGCCGAUAAUUAUAAUGCGAACCCCUGAUCAAAGUCCCACAAAAAGGCAACCAACGCCAAGUGCGUCGCCCAAGAAGCGUCAGGGAUUCUUCUCGAGAUUCUUCUCCCGCCGAAGGAGCAAGGCGGAUGAGGAGGAGUCUCUGACGCCCGGUGGCAGUCCCAAUAGACAACUACCAGGCGGAUCGAAGGCCACGACACCCACCGGCAGUAGGGAACCGAGCGUUGCGCACUUUUCCCUGGGAGAUCCCAAUCGAAGCUCCACGAGAUCGAUGCAGCCACUGGGAAAAAGCGAGGGUAGAAAUGGCAAGCCAGUCGGUCGUAGUUCAAGCAGUGUAUCCGGAAAAAGACCUGCCCAUCUGGAUGCAGAUGUCAUCCACAUACCACUGAAAGGAGGCGAUAGCGAGAACAGCUUGCUACGGCCGGAGAGCUACUCGACUGCCAGCACCCUUAGUUACGGGCGACCCCUGGACAGGAAGACCCUGAGCACUCUGCAACUGGCGGAUAUUCCCAUUAGUGACGGCAAUAUGGAGUUGAUAGCCAUUGCCGACCGGCAGAGCAUCAAGAAUCUGUGCGAGGGAGCCUACGGUGUGGUGCUGGAUCCCAGUGUGGAUCUCUUUGAGGCGGAACACUUUGCUCUGUACACCAGCAAAAGCCCGGAGCCACCUUUUGGAGGGGAGUGCGGCGAAGGUGGAGCAGCAGGUGGUGCGGCAGCCGGCGGAGUGGAUACAACCGACUUUCUCAGUGCGGAUGAAAUAGCACGUCGCUUGGCGGAGGCAAAUGGCUUGGAGUAGAAGGAUAGGGUUACGGAUAACUGAUUUGAGGCCACAAUGGGAUAACGAGAUAUUUUCUUUAAAUCUUGAGAGCACUAAAAUGCGCGGUUUUAUAAAGUAAAGUAAAGUUAAAGAAGUAAAUGAAGAUUUGAGUAGUUUACAUCUACAGUUACAUCUUCUUUAAAAAAUUACAUUUCUGAAGCGAAAUCGAAUCAGUUAACCGAAACCCUAGCAUUAGUGCAAGAAAACACACAACUGCACCAGCAAACUUAACUUUUCUUGCCGUCUUCUUUUUCAGUAUUAAUUACAAAAACAAAUAUAUAUGCUCACAGAACUUUCUAGACUAGAAACCCUAAGACCGCUCACCAAAUUCAAUUGUACAUGUAUCUUUUCUAAUCGCCCUAAAACUUAAAUAUCUUUGUAGAGCUCCUUACCAUGCACAACCGCCGGGUUGCC